AUGAUUGCAGGGGCCACUUCAUGUUUCCAGAAUAGCUCACAUGGACUACAGAUGUAUGGCUUGACUGAUCAUCAUCAUCAUAAUGUAUCAGUAUCAGCAGCAGCUUCCAUGGAGACCAAUUCUGGAGCUCCAGAGACUCACUCAAGUGCCUUCUUAUACAGUCUCUCUGUUCUGAAAGACAAGGUUCAUCAGGUACAAUCACUGGCUGGAGUUAUUAUAUCUCCUUCUCACAAUCAAUCUCAUGAAUCAGAAGCCAUUGCAAUAGCUAGCAUGGGAACUCUAAUUCAAGAAAUCAUGGUCACUGCUUCUUCCAUGAUGUUCAACUGUCAACAACUCUCACUUGGCACUCCAACACUUACUAAUGAAAUGCAUCAUCAACAUCAUCAUCAUCAUCAACAACAACAACAACAACAACAACGCUGUGUCAUCAGUAAGGUUCCUACCAGUGGAUUGCCACAAAAUAGCACCACCACCACCCAUGAAGCUCAAACACCUCCUCAUCAAAUUGGAGAAGAAGGUGGCAGAGGAUUCUUCACAUCAGAAAAUCUUGAUUGGUAUGCUGAUAAUUAUCAUAACAAUAGUAGUAGCAGUAAUAAUGGUCAUAGCAACCAUGCCAAUACAAUUAGCACCACCACCACCACUGCCACCGCCACCGCCACCGGUCUAGAGAGGGAAUUAGCAAAUGGGGAGGGAUCACAUAAUGGUGAUAUUAUAGAGCUGGAUGCAGCUGAUUUAUUGGCUAAAUAUACACAUUAUUGUCAAGUUUGUGGUAAGGGAUUCAAGAGAGAUGCAAAUCUUAGGAUGCAUAUGAGAGCACAUGGAGAUAAGUAUAAAUCUAGUGCAGCUUUAAGUAAUCCUUUGAAGAAUAGUGGUGACGGGGAAGGUGGAAAAGGGUUUUCUUCAGUGAGAUUAGUUAGGAAAUAUUCAUGUCCACAAGAAGGUUGUAGAUGGAAUAGAAACCAUGCCAAGUUUCAACCAUUGAAAUCCAUGAUUUGUGUGAAGAAUCACUAUAAGAGGAGUCAUUGUCCUAAGAUGUAUGUUUGUAAUAGAUGUAAUCAGAAACAGUUUUCGGUGUUAUCGGAUCUUCGAACUCAUGAGAAGCAUUGUGGUGAACUUAAAUGGCAGUGUUCAUGUGGAACUACCUUCUCUAGGAAGGAUAAGCUCAUGGGUCAUGUUGCUUUGUUCACUGGCCAUACUCCAGCUGGGAAUGGGAAUUCUUGUACAAAAUCUGAAAAGAUUGAUCACCAUGCAAUGCAAUUGCAUUAAAAGACAAUCUUUGGCGAAGAUGAUGAAUUGGAUCCUCAAAGCAGAUUUCUUCAAAAUUAUAUGUUUGUUGGAGUCUUCAUUUCUUUUUUUUUUUUUUUUACUUAUAAAGUUUUUCUGUACAUCCAGUCAGAUGCAAUGAAAGGGAAACAAAAUAUAAAUUUCA